ACCACGUGAUGUGUGUUUACAUCCUCUCAGCUGCUUCGGUCUUCUUCUUCUUCACUUCGACACAACGGCUCGCCGUUAUUAGUUUAGCUACCUUUACAUCCGAACCAGCUUAGCACAGUUUACUAGCAGUUUGCCUUUAAAAAGGAGGCUGCUAACGUCUGAAAGUCACUGACCGUCGCAUUGCACAGAGCAUCCAGUUACAAGGAGUAAGUAAAUGCGACACGGCAUUGUUGUCACUUGCUGCCUGGACAUGACCGAAGUCUAAACUCUGACCCUCGAGGAGUCACAGCGGCAGCAUCCUUUAGGUCAGCCGUUCAUCUCCAUGCCACUCUGAGGAGGAAUCACUCAUCCUGAGUACGUGUUUGGCCCUUGUUUCCUCUUCUCUUUUCACCAUGGGGGGAGCCGUGAGCGCUGGGGAGGACAAUGACGACCUCAUUGAUAAUCUGAAGGAGGCCCAGUAUAUUCGCACAGAAAAAGUGGAACAGGCUUUCCGAGCCAUAGACCGUGGUGACUACUAUCUGGACGGCUACAGGGACAGUGCCUACAAAGACUUGGCGUGGAAGCAUGGAAACAUCCACCUGUCUGCUCCGUGUAUAUACUCUGAGGUGAUGGAGGCCCUCAAACUGCAGCCUGGACUUUCUUUCCUCAAUCUGGGCAGUGGAACUGGUUACCUGAGCACAAUGGUUGCCCUUAUCAUAGGGCCAUUUGGUGUGAACCAUGGAGUUGAGCUCCAUAAGGACGUAGUUGAAUAUGCCAGAGAGAAACUGGAUGAUUUCAUAAAGAAUAGUGACAGCUUUGAUAAGUUUGAGUUCUGUGAACCCGUCUUUGUGGUGGGGAAUUGCCUUGAAAUCUCAGCAGACAGUCACCAAUACGAUCGCAUCUAUUGUGGCGCAGGAGUGCAGAAAGACCAUGAAAAUUACAUGAAAGUACUGCUCAAAAUUGGAGGCAUUCUGGUGAUGCCUAUAGAGGAUCAGCUGACCCAGAUAACCAGGACUGGUCAGUGCACAUGGGAGAGUAAAAACAUCUUGGCGGUGUCCUUUGCCCCCUUGGUCCAGCAGAGCAGAGCUGAUGGAGAGAAGCCUGACGCUGUCCAGCUGCCCCCAGUGACUGUCCGCAGCCUUCAGGAUCUGUCUCGGAUCUACAUACGCCGCACUCUCAGAAACCUGGCCAAUGAGGAUAGUCAAGGGAAGGGGAUGGUGCAAAGAGUUCCCCAGAAGCGCAAACGCAGGCGCUGCCGACGGCGACGCAUCAACACCUACGUUUUUGUAGGCAACCAGCUGAUCCCUCAAAUGGUGGAGAGCGAGGAGGAGGAGCACGCUGAGGAAGAACACAAGGAAGUGGAGGAGGAGGAAGAGGAGGAAAGAGACCUUGGCGACAUUGAAAUCCUCAAGCAAGUGAGCGUGUUGAGAGACCAAAUAAUGGCUUUACCGCUGCCUGAGUCACUUAAAGCAUUUUUGCUGUAUUACAGAGAGAAAUGACUGAUGAACUCGAUGUCCACUCUUAAUGGGUGCAGGGCCUGCUGAAAUGCUUUUUCCUCUUUUCUGUACAAAUGUAGCAUUAUUUCCAUUAAAUCUUGAUGGCAAAACUGUAAUGGAAAGAUACGUCAGAUAAUAUUGGAUAAUAAUGUUAUGAUUGUCACGAGUUGUUAGUUUUUGUCGACAAUUUUCUUUUGAGUUGUAUGUAAAAAAAUAAAUAAAAAAAUUAAAUAAAAUGUAAAAAGUAUACCUAAAGGACAUAGUUUCAGAAGCCCAUUUUGAGAUUCAGAUUUCACAAUUUCAGGACUUCUGCAGAAAUGUGCAGAUAAAAAAAAAAAAAAAAA